AUGCCCUUAUCUAUAUGUCAAAAGCUGAAUGUGGGAGAGCUGAUACUAACUACCAUCUCCUUGCAAUUAACAGACAGAUCUGUCAAGUACCUGGUUGGCAUCCUAGAAAACAUCCUUGUUAAGGUGGAAAAAUUUUUCAUUCCAGUAGAUAUUAUUAUCUUGGAGAUGGAGGAAGAUGUCCAAAUUCCUAUAGUAUUAGGAAGACCCUUUUUGGCAAUUGCUGGAGCAAUUAUAGAUGUCAAAAAUGGGCAUCUAACUCUCAAAGUGAGAGAUGAAAAGGUAAAAUUCAACAUGUUCCAAGCAAUGAAGCAAAAGUCUAAACCUAAUGAAUGUUUAAGGGUUGACAUCAUAGACAAGCUAGUGGAGGAAGAUUUUAAAAGAGAUAUCCUGGAGACCCUCUUGAAGCUUGUAUAG